AUGAUGGCGAUUUCUCGUCGCGAAAAGUGUACCGUUUCCGUAGUGGGAACUGUAACAGAGGAGAAAAGAGUUGUUCUCACUAAUUUCGCUGAUGAACCUGAUGGGCGGAAACCGGUGGACUUUGACACGAAACUUCUGGCGGAACGAGAAAAGAAGGUGUUUCAUUUGAACUCGAAGCCGAUGCCUUUGAGACAGCUCGAGCUCCCCGCAGGUCUUACUGUCCGACAGGCUCUAGAAAUGGUGCUUCGACUGCCAUCUGUAGCGAGUAAAAGAUAUCUGACAUGUAAGGUGGAUCGCUCAGUGACAGGUCUGGUAGCUCGCCAACAGUGCGUCGGACCACUUCAUACCCCUCUGGCUGACGUGGCCGUCGUGGCACUUUCCUAUUUCGAUAAGGUACGUGAGCUUACAGUUAAGUAA